CGGCGAGUGACGUGUCCGUGCCGCUUCCCUUCCGUGCCAGUCCGGUCUGCGCGUACCGAGGCUGCACGGCCCUCGCCUUCACGCGCGGAUAUUGUUAGUAAUAUAUGACCGACAGCACGACACGCGCAUCGCACGGCUGCUUUCGACGGCCGACGGAGCGGCGUCGGUUUAACGGGGGCGACGCGGAAGGUCUGUAUGAACGUGUGCGUGCCAGACAAAAGACGGAGACGCCUGCAGAGUCGCUCUUGCGGACGUGUUCGCUGAUAGUAAGCUAUGAAACGGACGUGGCUCGUGCGUCUGGGCGCAGCCCUCUGCCUCUCGCGUGGGCGCCAGGUGUGAUGCGGUUUGCUUUUCUUUCGCUCUCCGUCUGAGCAACGACGUCCGCGAGGCUCAGAGCCGUGAAACGUGUCGCCUUUCCGCGCGAGGUGGAUUCUCGUGUGCUAAACUGGUUGCUCGAGAGAGCGUGGGGGGGGGGCACAGUUGUGUUUUCUUCCUCUCGUUCCUCUCGUUCCUCUCGUUUGUCUCGUUCGUCUCGUGAUUCUGAGGUGGAGGUUUGGUGGUGUUCACAGCCUCUCUAGGUCUGCACGUGUGACAGCGGCGGGGUGUUCUGGGUAACGUCCUCAGUCCUGUCAGUCUUGUAACACAUUCCGCAGCCAUUCAUGCUGAACAGUCCAACUAACACACGUCCUGCUCUGUCAAACACCAGUCGGGAGACCUGAGAGCCCAGCGAUCAAAGACACCUGCACUCCCCGUUCCUCAGGACGCAGGCGGAGCGGACGCCAGUGGCGACCUUUGCCUGACGAUGAGAAAGACUUUUGAUAAUGGGUUCAUCGCUGAAGUGGCUGUCCGUCUGCUGCUGCUGGCUGUGUUUCUUGUGACUGAGAAACUGUCUCCAUUCAAGCGGCACAUCCAGCCAGAGGAGCUCUGGCUCUACAAGUUUCAGCAUGUGAAGGAUGAUCGUGUCCCCACGUACCUCAUGUUUAGUAUUGCUCUGUUCACUCCACUGGCCACUAUCCUUCUCUUUGCGUUUCUGAAGCAGACAGAACAGGGCGACGUCAAGGAGGCUUCGCUGGCUGUGACACUGACUUUGGUCCUGAAUGGAGUGUUCACUAAUGCUGUGAAGCUUGCUGUGGGAAGGCCACGACCGGAUUUCUUUUACCGCUGUUUCCCAGAUGGUCAGAUGAACGCAGAGCUCCUCUGUAGCGGUGACCCAGAAAUGGAAAUGGAAGGAAGGAAGAGUUUUCCCAGUGGACAUUCCUCCUUCGCGUUUGCUGGCCUGGGCUUCACGGCGCUGUACGUGGCAGGAAAGCUGCAGUGUUUCAGCGCAGCUGGCAGAGGACAAGCCUGGCGGCUGUGUGCCUUCCUCACGCCACUGCUGUUUGCCAUCAUGAUCGCUCUCUCCAGGACCUGUGACUACAAACACCACUGGCAAGACGUGCUGGUGGGCUCACUGCUGGGUCUGGCCUUCUCCUACCUGUGCUACCGACAGCACUACCCAGCGCUGAGCGACUCGGACAGUCAGAGACCUCUACGUCUCCGUGUGGUCUCGUCUUCAGCACAGGAGCACAGACCGGCUACAGGAUAUCUCCUACCACUGUAGCGUACCACCACCAUGAACUGCAUGGGGGUGUGUUCCCUGGGCUACACUCAUUCCAUGCACAGCACUUUAGAGAAUGUUGCCGAUAGGUUGGGUGGGUGGGAGUGUACAGUUUGUGACCUAUGGGUAGCAUUUCAUUUUGUCCCCUCUGUGAUGCUAUAAACACUCAAAACAAAUGGUGUGUGUAUUGAGGUAAGAUGGUUUUGGAACUGUAUUGGGCUUUAGGGAGUGUGGGGUUUGUGUGGCGUAUGUUGGUGGGCAACAGCACCUCCUGCGCUGGCUUUGUGUGGAACUGCAGAAGGUGUAACUACAGCAUAAAUGUCCCUCAGUAGCUGUGUUUUAUGAAGCUGUCGGUCAAUAAAGGGUGCAAAGGCAGAACUGAA